GAGCUGAGCAAGGAGCAGGAAGAUGUUUGAUAACACGCAGUACCCCUAUAACUGUUUUAAUUAUGACGGGGACGACUAUCCAACCUGUAGUUCUGAUGAAGAGAAAAAAUUCACCAGACCAGCAUACAGCUACAUUGCCUUAAUUGCAAUGGCCAUUCAGCAAAGCCCUUCAAACAAAGUGACUCUCUCUGGCAUUUAUGACUUUAUAAUGAAGAAAUUUCCUUACUACAGAUCAAAUCAAAGAGCCUGGCAGAACUCCAUCCGACAUAACUUAUCGCUUAACAGUUGUUUUGUAAAGGUUCCCAGAACAGAAGGGAAUGAGAAGGGGAAGGGAAACUAUUGGAGCUUUGCAUCAGGAUGUGAAUCCAUGCUGGAUCUUUUUGAAAAUGGGAAUUACAGGCGAAGACGGAGGAGGAGGAACAUGAAACGAGACCACAGAGAGCAGAGAUCUAGCGGAGGAAAAGGUCCCUCUUCCCCUGAAAUGCCUUCCAUGGAUUCUGGUUUACACUGCAUCUCCUCUCAUGAAAGUAAAUGUGAGAAAACGCAAUCUGGACCCCGACUCUUGGAACCUCAUGGGUUUGUUGCAAACAAUGCCUCCAACCAACAGAGCCUAAGCAGCUCCAACCUAGGAAAAUCGGACUCUGAAAUUAAAUUUAGCAUUGAUUAUAUUCUCUCAGCCCCAGAUCCUUUGCCUGGUCUGAGAUCUCAGUAUAAUAUGCAAGAUAAUAAAUAUCACCUCCUGGAGUCCCAGCAAAUUAAUCUUCAGCUCUGGACAAUGUGAUGUGAUUUCUAGCUGGCAACAGAUUCUUUAAUGCAAUCUAUACAAAAGCCUUGUGUCAUCGAGUAACAUCAGUCUGCCUUCUUUCUUCAAGUAGUGCUCAGAAAGGGUGAUAAGUAACUUGACCAGCCUGCUGAGAUAUCUGUCCCACAAGGACUUGCUUUUCUGCAGUUAAACUCUAAUACCUAACCAAUAGCAUUGUAUAUUAUCUUGUGACGCUGCGUGAAAUUCUGGUCUUAUUUUCUAAAAUAAUGCCAAUGGCAAUUUAAACUGCAAGGAUUUUCUCUUCUUGAUCACACCAAUCUAUUUUUUGUUUGCUUCUGUCAUAUGUGCUUUACUAAAGACACAUUGGACUUACCGUCU